AUGCCGGAGCCUAUUGAAGUUCCGGUGGUGAUUAUUGGAGGAGGCUCUUGUGGUCUUUCCCUCUCCAUCUUUCUCUCGGAUCAUGGCGUACAGCACAUUCUUUUCGAACGUCAUGCAGGCACCUCGAUUCUCCCCAAAGCCCACAUCAUUAACCAAAGGACAAUGGAAAUAUUCCGGCAGCACGGCAUUGCAGAUGAAAUCAUCGCUCAAGGGACCCCUCCUCGGCAAUUGAGCCAAGUGGUCUGGCAGACCUCUCUCGCUGGCGAUGGGCCUCUGGAUCGUAAGAUCCUGGGGACUAUUCACACUUGGGGCUGCAAGCAGGGCACAGAGCGCAACAAUACCUAUGUGCGAGAUGCACCUCACCUUCCAACAAACCUGCCGCUGCUUCGCUCUGAGCCUAUUCUCCGUUCGAUCGCAGAGACUCGUAACCCAGGUAAAGUGCUCUUUUCACAUACGGUCAUCGACUUUGAAGAAAAGGAAGACUGUGUCCUCGUCUACGUCUCGAACAAAGAUGGCACCAACAGUGUCUACCGUGCUGCGUAUCUGGUGGGCGCGGAUGGCGGCAAAAUGGUUGGUCCAAAAAUCGGGGUUGAGAUGGAAGGCCCCAAGGGUCUCCGCAAGAUCGUUUCGACGCACUUUAAGGCAGAUCUCUCCGAGUACUGGGACGACCGCACCGGCAUAGCCCACUUUUGCAACCCAUCUUUAGGUCUCGCGAUGCGAAGUGGCUCUAUGCUGCCUCUGGGCCCAACCUGGGGGAGAUAUUCGGAAGAAUGGCAGAUGCACUUCGCUAUCGGAGUUGAUGAUCCGCUGUUCCCACGUGAAGACGCCGUGGCCCGCAUUCGGCAGCUGUUAAAACUACCCGACCUGGAACUUGAGGUCUUGAGCCUGAGCAAUUGGGUGCUGGAGAGAGUAUUGGCAAAUAAGUAUUGUCAGGGGCGCGUCUUUAUCGGCGGUGAUUCAGCACACCGUCAUCCUCCGACAACCGGCCUGGGACUCAACACGGCCGUGCAGGACUCGCAGAAUCUUGCAUGGAAGCUAGCGUACGUGCUUCAGGGUAAGGCAGAUGUGAGCCUACUGGACACCUACGAGAUGGAACGGCUGCCGACUGGCAAAAUAAACUGCGACUGGGCCUUAUUCACGUCUCAACGCCACCACGUCAUAGCGAAAGCCAUUGGAUUUGAGGAAGGGAAGCCCGAGGCCAAUGAAGCGCACUUUUUGAAUAUGUUUGACGAAGGAUCCGAGAUCGGAAAGGCCUCACGCGCAUAUUUGCAGUACGUUAUCGAUGGCCAAAAGGUGGAGUUUGCUGCACAUGAGAUGGACCUAGGUUUUGUCUACCCACAGGGCUCGUUCGUGCCCGACGGUACCGUACAGCCUCCACGCGAUCCGAUGCACCAGCAUUACACUCCUACGACGCGGCCAGGUCACCGCUUGCCUCACGCUUGGUUGGACUGCCGCGGCACCAUGAUCUCUACGCAUGAUCUUGUUGGAACUGCUGCCGACUUCCUCCUCAUCACCGAUCGAGACGGUGCUGAGUGGGUCGACGCUGCCCGCAAAGCGGCCAAGGCCAGAUCCAUUGGGCUCAGAGUCGCCCAAAUUGUCGCUCCCAUGGACAGACCCUUGGUCGAGGAGUACGUCGACCUUGAACUACAAUGGGCAGAAGUGAAAGGUGUUGGUGCCAAAGGAGCCGUCCUUGUUCGUCCGGACAAUAUCGUGGCUUGGAGGUCGUCUGGACCGGGAUCCGCCCAGGACAUCGCGAGUGCUUUUGAUCAGAUUCUGGGGCGAAGGGGCAAGGUCACCCUCAACGGAGUGAACUGA